CUCUAAUUUAUUAUUGAUUUGUUCAUUCGUAAAUACACCGGCAGAUAUGACCACAACCUUCCCAGGUGCCGCCCUCGUCACCGGCGCAGCAGGAGGAAUCGGCGCCGCAACGGCCAUCGCAUUCGCAAAAGCCGGCUGCACCCGCAUCGCAAUAACAGACAUCCAGCCAGCAGCCCUCGACAAAACCCGGGACGAUAUCCUCUCCAAGAGUAAAAACAAAGAUAUAAAUGUCCUCGCCAUCUCAGGGGAUAUAACAUCCGAACCCUUCAUAGAAACCCUCAUUACCUCUGCUUUUAAUACGCUUGGCCGACUCGACUACGUCGUCAACUGCGCGGGGGUCCUGCAGAAUGACUUUGCGCGGUCGACGGAUGUCUCGACGCAGCAGUUUGAUUUUAUUAAUGGGGUGAAUUAUCGCGGGACGUGGCUUGUUUCGCGCGCGGCGUUGAGGAGGAUGCUUACCCAGACGCCUCUUAAGGAGGAGGAAGAUGGUGGAGAGAGCUGGAGACCGGGGCAGCGCGGAUCGAUUGUGAAUGUUGCCAGUCAGCUGGGUGUUGUUUCGAGGGCUGGAGCUGCUGCGUACUGCGCAUCCAAAGCGGCAGUGAUAGGCCUCACCCGAGCGGAUGCGAUUGAUUUCUCAAAAGACCUGAUCCGGGUGAACUGCGUGUGUCCUGGGGUUAUAGAUACGAAUAUGACGACGAGCUCGCCGGAGAGGGUUGAGGCGAUGGCGCCGGCUGUCAAGAUUGCGCCGAUGGGGAGGAUGGGAGAUCCCAGGGAGGUGGCGGACGCGGUUCUGUUUUUGAGCUCGUCCAGGGCGUCGUUUGUCCAGGGGCACGCUCUGGUUGUUGAUGGGGGGUAUGUUAUUAAUUGAUGUACAGCAUGUAACAUCUACAGGGACCUUGGUAGUGGG